GUCGUGGUUCGUGGCCAGAAAAUUAUCAUUUUGAAUUUUUAUCAACAGUUAUUAGUUUUUACCGGAGUACCCGCCUGGCCGUCCGGAGAUACAUCAACUAUCAAGAUUCGAGCCAUUUCAAGGGUCCGUUAACGAGAACAAAAUAUAAGAAUGCCGACUACCCGUUACACUCAUGCGGUGGUAAAUCGUUUACCACGGUCGCUAACAGACCGACAACCGACAUUGGACUACGAUCGAGCGAAACGCCAACACGAAAACUACGUUCAAGCCCUGCGAAAUAUCGGUCUUGACGUGAUCGAAAUGCCAGCAGACGAAGAUACACCGUGGUGUGCUUUCGUUGACGACACGGCGUUUGUGUGCAAUGGCACUGCGAUCAUCACAAAGCCAGCAGAGCCCGAGAGAGCGAAAGAAGUUGAAGCAAUAAGAGCGGUGUUGAAGAAAGAAAUUGGAUUGCCUAUUGUUGAGGUUUCUGAUAAAUCUGCAAAAUUACACGGAAGCGAUAUAUUAUUUACAGGUCGAGAAUUCUUUAUUGGAAUAACAAAAUGGACUAAUGAAUCCGGAGCGUGUGCAGUUGCAUCUGCUUUUCCUGAAUAUCCUUGUACUCCAAUCAAGGUUACAGAAAACAAACAUCUAAAAACAAUUGUGUCAAUGGCGGGACCAGAUCUUAUGUGCGUGGGGUCAAGUGAUUCUACAAAAAAUGUUUUGAAGAGAUUAGAAAGAGAAGCUACAUAUAGCUACCAAAUUCUUACAUUACCUGAAGAUGAAGCUGCUAAUGUUAUGUACAUUAAUGGUACAUUAUUACAUCGGUCAGCCAAAGAAAUACCAUUAUCAUUCAAUGUUCUAAUGGAGAAAAUAACUGAUUUUACUCUACAAUUCAGUAGAAUAUUUUCUGACCUUU